GUACCUCCCUCCACCUUUCGCGUAAAAAUGGCUACCGCGUUAAGAUUGAAGCACGUUGUUAAUUUAGGAAGAUUUCUUUUGAGAUCGCUGAGCAGAAAUUUGCAGCAGGAAUUAAUCCAAGUGCAAUGUCAACGAUUAUCUGUCGUUACCAACAAUCAUGUAAGACAUUGGUCCUCUCAACCAGAGACUCAAAGUACAGAAUAUCAUAGUAUCAUAAAAGACACAGAGAAAAGUAUAGGUGAAAGUGCUAAACAUGAGUUUCAAUCGGAGACACAAAUGUUGUUGCAGAUCGUUGCCAAGUCUUUGUAUUCAGACAAGGAGGUAUUUGUACGGGAGCUUGUUUCAAAUGCCAGUGAUGCAUUAGAGAAGUUGAGGUAUUUAUGCCUAAGCGACAAUGACGCUACACGGGCAGCUGGCGAUAGAAGUUUGGAAAUACAUAUCGGCACUGACAAGCAAAGUCGUACUCUCACGAUUCAAGAUACCGGCGUAGGAAUGACCAAGGAGGAAUUAAUAUCCAAUUUGGGCACUAUUGCUCGAUCUGGUUCCAAGGCAUUUCUUGAACAAUUAAAAGAAAACUCCAGUAAUACUUCCAAAAUCAUUGGACAAUUCGGUGUCGGAUUUUAUAGUGCUUUUAUGGUUGCGGAUAAGGUGGAAGUAUUUACAAAGUCUUUUGCGAGCGAUGCUGAAGGUCUUUAUUGGACCUCAGAUGGCUCAGGUACUUUUGACAUUUCAAAUGCGGACGGCGUGCAGCCUGGUACAAAAAUCGUUAUACACCUGAAACCAGAUAGUCGAGAAUUCAGUGACGAGAAUACCAUCAAUCGCAUUAUCAAUAAGUACAGCAAUUUCGUCGGCAGUCCCAUUUUCGUGAACGGGAAGAGGGCUAACACGAUCCAGCCGUUGUGGAUGUUCGAUCCGAAGGACGUUACGCCGCUGCAGCACGCGGAGUUUUAUCGAUUCGUAGGAAAUUGCAUCGACGCCCCGAGAUUCAUCCUGCACUACUCAACGGACGUGCCGUUGAGUAUUAAGGCUCUGUUGUACUUUCCGGAGGAGAAGCCCGGACUGUUCGAUAUGGCGAGAGACACUACCAGCGGAGUCUCGCUCUACAGCCGGAAGAUCCUGAUUAAGAGCAGGGCGGAAAACAUCUUGCCGAAAUGGCUGCGUUUCGUUAAAGGCGUGGUCGACUCGGAAGACAUACCAUUGAAUUUGAGCCGCGAGCUGCUACAAAAUAGUAUAUUAAUCGGGAAAUUGCGAAAUGUGCUGACCGCGCGUAUCCUAAAAUUUCUGCACGAGCGAUCUACGAAACAGCCGGACGACUACACCGAGUUCUACAGGGCCUAUGGAUUGUUCUUGAAGGAGGGCAUCAUUACGAGUGCCGAUCAAUCUGAAAGGGAAGACAUAGGCAGACUCUUACGGUUUGAAUCCUCUGCCGCUACGCCAGGAGAGUUAGUUAGUCUGCCACAGUACUGCGGUCGUUUAGCAAAAGACCAGAAGGAUAUAUACUACUUAUCAGCGCCGAGUCGAGCUCUGGCUGAGCAGUCACCGUAUUACGAAUCCCUGAAGAAACGAAACAUCGAGGUUCUCUUCUGCUACGAACCGUACGAUGAGUUGGUGCUGAUGCAUCUAAAACAAUACAAAUCCAAUUUCCUGACGUCCGUGGAGAAGGAGAUGCGAGACGACACGGAGGCAAACAAGCCGGAGAAUUUAGGUGUCAUAAACAAAGUCGAAUUAGACAAUCUCGUCGACUACAUGAAGAAGAUCCUGCAGAAGAAGGCGUACGACGUCAAGAUGACGAAUCGCUUGGAGUCGCAUCCCUGCGUCGUGACCGUGCAGGACAUGGCGAGCGCGAGGCAUUUCAUCCGCACGCAAAGCCACCAGAUGAACGAGGAGAUGCGCUACUCCAUUCUUCAACCGCGCUUCGAGAUCAAUCCAAAUCAUCCUCUCGUCAAGAAGCUGUGCAAGCUGACAACCACUGACACGGAACUAGCUGAUCGUUUGAUACAACAGCUGUUCACUGGUGCCAUGGUCGGAGCUGGUCUGAUCGAAGAUCCGCGCAUAUUGUUAACACCAAUGAACGAAUUACUCACGUUGGUACUACAGAAACAUUGAUCAUUAAAUCCGAUACAGAGGAAAACUUGAAAUCGCGAUGGAGAAGCAGAGAAUAAUAGUGAUUCCGUGAUUGGUAAAUGAAUAUUUCCUUUUCUGGAUUUCUUUUGAUCUGAAAAUUUGAUCACGCAAAUCGGUUGAUCAGUGAUAACUCGAAA